AUGGGUAACCCACGCUCAGCAAGUCACCGCAUUAUUGGCUGCCAGUCUAGUGUUGGCGCGGAGAAGAUCAACUCGUGCGUACAGAAUACGCGGGAAACGUCCGGCGGCAAAUCUUUGAACUGUCAGUUCGAGUUUAGUAAUUCUAAAUUUGAAUCGGUGUCAAUGUACAAAAAAGUUGUCUAUGUUGUUCAGCGUUAUUGUUACUGGUACAAAAUGGCGUAA